AUGUACACUUUUAUAGACAAAUCGGUGGAUGAGUUCAUUCUCCUGCUGGCCUAUUUGGGUCUGCCCCUGGGACCCGAGGACCUUCUCACCGUGUUGACUGCGGAAUGCGCUCAAAGUGCCGACUUGGAAGAACCUUUCCCAAUAGAUUUACAGAAGAGAGAUUCUUCGACUUCCCUCUGCUUGGCACGUCUCAUUACCUCGUGGUGUCUUGCAGGCCGCUCCACCGAUAGUCGGAAGCUCUAUACCGACCUGCGUCAGCGUUUCCUUCCCCAGCUGACAGAGCCUCCAACCCUUUUGCCAAAACCGCAGAUUCGCGUACCCCGUCUCAUUAGCCUGCCCCGGGAGUACAUUAGACUGUUAGCGCUGGCAAAUGAAUGGAAGUAA